AGAUCCAGGCCUCAGAUCCAGGCCGGGCCGCGGCUCUCGCCACCCAGCCCAGCCCAGCCCGGCCCGGCCCGGCCCAGCCGCGGAGGCGAGGCCGCCAGUGUCCCGCGCCCCUGCGGAGCGGCCGGCGCUCUGCCCAGUCCGGUCCCCAUCCCGGCCUAAGCGCGACCCCGCCCGGCCCCGGGUCCCCCGCCCCUCCCUGCCCCGGGGCCGGGGCCCCCGCCGCCGCCGCCGCCGCCGCCGCCUCUCAGCCCCUGCGCCCCGGCCCCGGUUCCCCGGGCCAUGCGGCCUCGGCCCCGCGAGCGCCCGCCGCGCACCAGAGGAGAUGAGGCUCCGCAAUGGCACCUUCCUGACGCUGCUGCUCUUCUGCCUGUGCGCCUUCCUCUCGCUGUCCUGGUACGCGGCGCUCAGCGGCCAGAAAGGCGACGUCGUGGACGUUUACCAGCGGGAGUUUCUGGCACUGCGGGAUCGGUUGCACGCAGCUGAGCAGGAGAGCCUCAGGCGCUCCAAGGAGCUCAACCUGGUGCUGGAUGAAAUCAAGAGGGCCGUUUCGGAGAGGCAGGCCCUGCGAGAGGGAGAGGGCAAUCGCACCUGGGGCCACCUAACAGAGGACCCCCGAUUGAAGCCGUGGAACGGCUCGCACCGGCAGGUGCUGCACCUGCCCACUGUCUUCCACCACCUACCACACCUGCUGGCCAAGGAGAGCAGUCUGCAGCCCGCCGUGCGCGUGGGCCAGGGCCGCACCGGAGUGUCAGUGGUGAUGGGCAUCCCGAGCGUGCGGCGCGAGGUGCACUCGUACCUGACUGACACUCUGCACUCACUCAUCUCCGAGCUGAGCCCACAGGAGAAGGAGGACUCGGUCAUUGUGGUGCUGAUUGCUGAGACUGACCCACAGUACACUUCGGCAGUGACAGAGAAUAUCAAGGCCUUGUUCCCCACCGAGAUCCAUUCCGGGCUCCUGGAGGUCAUCUCGCCCUCUCCCCACUUCUACCCUGACUUCUCCCGCCUCCGAGAGUCCUUUGGGGACCCCAAGGAGAGAGUCAGGUGGAGGACCAAACAGAACCUCGAUUACUGCUUCCUCAUGAUGUACGCGCAGUCCAAAGGCAUCUACUACGUGCAGCUGGAGGACGACAUUGUGGCCAAGCCCAACUACCUGAGCACCAUGAAGAACUUCGCACUGCAGCAGCCUUCAGAGGACUGGAUGAUCCUGGAGUUCUCCCAGCUGGGCUUCAUUGGGAAGAUGUUCAAGUCGCUAGACCUGAGCCUGAUUGUAGAGUUCAUCCUUAUGUUCUACCGGGACAAGCCCAUCGACUGGCUCCUGGACCAUAUUCUGUGGGUGAAAGUCUGCAACCCCGAGAAGGAUGCGAAGCACUGUGACCGGCAGAAGGCCAACCUGCGGAUCCGCUUCAAGCCGUCCCUCUUUCAGCACGUGGGUACUCACUCCUCACUGGCUGGCAAGAUCCAGAAACUGAAGGACAAGGACUUUGGAAAGCAGGCACUGCGGAAGGAACAUGUGAACCCCCCGGCAGAGGUGAGCACGAGCCUGAAGACGUACCAGCACUUCACCCUGGAGAAAGCCUACCUGCGCGAAGACUUCUUCUGGGCCUUUACCCCCGCCGCCGGGGACUUCAUCCGCUUCCGCUUCUUCCAGCCCCUGCGACUGGAGCGGUUUUUCUUCCGCAGUGGGAACAUUGAGCACCCAGAGGACAAGCUCUUCAACACGUCUGUGGAGGUGCUGCCCUUUGAUAACCCUCAGUCGGACAAGGAGGCCCUGCAGGAGGGCCGCGCCGCCACCCUCCGGUACCCUCGGAGCCCCGAUGGCUACCUCCAGAUUGGCUCCUUCUACAAGGGAGUGGCAGAGGGAGAGGUGGACCCAGCCUUCGGCCCUCUGGAAGCUCUGCGCCUCUCCAUCCAGACGGACUCCCCUGUAUGGGUGAUUCUGAGCGAGAUCUUCCUGAAAAAGGCCGACUAAGCCAAGGGCUUCUGAGGGUACCCUGUGGCCAGCCCUGAAGCCCAUGUUUCUGGGGGAUGUCAUCACUGCCGUCCCCGGAGGGUCAGAUAUGGCCCUGCCUGAAGGGUUCUGCCCGGCGCCAGGCUCGGGCCGGCCUGGGGUCCGCCGCUGGCCCGGAGGCCCCAGGAGCUGGUGCUGUCCCCGCCCGCCGGGCCGCAGAGAAGGCAGGCGGCCCCCACACUGUGCCUGAGGCCUGGAACCGUUUGCACCGGCCUGCCCCAGCCAGGUCGUUUUAGAAGAGCUUUUUCUUGGGCGCCUGCUGUCUCUGGCGCGAACACUGGAAUGCAUAUACUACUUUAUGUGCUGUGUUUUUUAUUCUUGGAUACAUUUGAUUUUUUCACGUAAGUCCACAUAUACUUCUAUAAGCGUGACUUGUAAUAAAGAGUUAAUGAAG